CUAAGAGAAGAAGUGUUUGGUUUUCAAAAUAUAAUGGGACAUUAAGAACCUGUGGCAAUAGUACACUCGCUAAAAAUGACCAACUUGAGCAACGGAUACAAGAGGAGGUUUCACGUUUAACGCUUUAUUUCGCAUUAGUUGGAAACUCCGCAGCCUUCUUCAUGAGCAUCUUUUUAGGACCACUUUCUGAUUCAGUUGGAAGAAAAAUCAUAUUUUUGAUUCCAAUGUUUGGGCUAUUGGUGAAAUCGCUUAUCAUUACAUUUAUUGUUCACUUUAAACUAAAUAUAUAUUACAUAUAUUUGAUCAGAUCUACUGGAUUCUUCUAUGCUUUGGUGAUGUUUGAUAUCAUAAGUGUUUUAGAAAUAGUGAUCAUUUUCUUUUUAUUGCCCGAGACCGUUACAAAUAAGCAAUGGAGAGACAAAUCCGUUCUAGGAAGCAUCAAGAAUGUGUUUGGAUUUUACUUUACAGAAGGAUCUCUGCAUGAUAAACUAUGUUACUUAAUUGCGUUGGGAACCUUCUUUUUUGGUGUCGUUACAACUUUGGGGCGUACUACUCUGGAGACUAUUUAUCAGCUUGGUGAACCUUUUUGUUGGGAUUCAGUAAAAAUCGGGUAUUAUGGUGCAUUUAGAUUGACGGCACUAGUAUUAUUCAGGGCAUUAUUUGCCAGUAUUUCUGUGGUAGAAACUUUAUGUACAAGUGCAUCUAAUACACUGUAUAAUGCUGUAUAUAAUGCUACAGUGGAAUAUUAUAAAGGAAUUCUAGAUACAAAUUACUUUUACUUAGCAAAUCUGAUAGAUGGGCUAAGUGGGUCAUACUUCGCAAUGUUGGUUGCCAUUUUUGCGUACACUGCUGAUAUAACAGUUCCUGGAAAGUCCAGGACUAUUGCCAUGGCUGUCAUGGAAGGGUGUUUACCCGUAGCAGCAUCCAUAGGACUACUCAGCACAGGAUUUUUAAUCAAAUCUACGGGAUUCUUUUAUCCCAUGGUUUUGUUUGUUACUCUAGGUGCUUUAGAUUUAGUUGUUGUUUUCUUUUUACUUCCGGAAACACGUGUAACAAAAACAUUGGAUAGUUCUCCUCUAAAAAGCUUAAAGACGGUACAAAAAAGAAUUUUCUACGCCAUAGCAAUGGGAAUAUUAUUUUUCUCUGUUGUUACGGCGUUGGGUCGUUCGGCUCUAGAAACUAUUUAUCAACUUGGAAGCCCAUUUUGUUGGGACUCCAUCAAAAUUGGAUAUUUCGGAGCACUGCCAACUACGUCAAUGGUGAUAUUCAGUGUCACAGUAAUAAAAAUCUUACAUCGGUGCCUACAAGAGGAGGUGAUCGGUAUAAUCAGUUGUUUGUCAGCCAUGGCGGGGUUUUUGUUAGAAGGCAUGGCUGACACAAGCUUAUUGAUGUAUUUAGCGGCAUUUACUAACUAA